GCCGGGGGUGAGUGGUGCUGGCUCCGCAGGCGGCUUCCCUUUGCCGUGCAAGGAAAUGGGAUGUCUGGAGAUGUGCAGCCACCUUGUGAUCAUGAGACAAGAUGACAGAAUGCAAAGGAACCUGGUGCUUGAUGAAUUCUUCAAGCUCUUGAACUAACUCUGCCUCCUGUGUGUUAAUAAGCUAUGCAACAUAACUGCUGGAUUCUUCACUUUUCACAAGUUCUCACCUUGCCACUUGGUUUUCAGGGAGACCCACAUUAACACUGCCUGUUUCACUAACUGAAAGAAAUUCGAAGAGAUGUUUGCUUUUAUGACAAAAGAUGAAAAGCAGAAAGUAGCGCCCAGCAUUCUGCAGCAUUUUGGCCUGUUUCACAGCAGCCAGUGGAGAGGCAGCCGCCCCACAUGCUGACUCGGUGGCCGGGGGGAGCCUGAGGCUGGCGUCGAGGUCAGGCGUGUGUCUCCUUUGAGUGCGCUUUGCAGCUGUUGGGGCCGCCUUCCGAGUUGAGUGUCUUGGGCCUCUGAAAGAAAUGUAAAGGAGACACCUGACAGUCCCAAAUCCCUAAGGAGCCAGGAGAAGAAAUCAAGUCAGACAGAGUAACUGAAGUCACUGCUCCCUGAAGCACCCAUGCAAGAAUGUCUGGGCAUCUUUAUUUGAUUUUCCUGUGUAACUGCUGGGCUGCAUUUAACGCCUUUUAUUUUUAACAAGCGAGAGGAAGGGAAGAGGCAUCCCUGGCAGAGAGAGCAGCUUAUGCCAAGGUGAAGGAGCCGGGCCGCUGGGGAGAGUGGAGACUCACAGUAGAAAAAAAAUGUUAAAUGCAUCAGUAGAGAUACAGCAACAAUAUUGUGGGAACCCAGAGGAAGAAAUGCUUAGAUGUGUGAAAAAUAAAGGAAAGCUUCAAGAAGAAGGAACUUUUAGAUCCCCAAGGGAAAAGGCCUCGUAAGAGUCGUGUCACUACUCGGGCCUGCCUGAGGGAGUGAGCCCUAGCUGGAGGCCGCUCUUGCGCCAAUGAACCUUCCCAAUUCCUCCUGCAUCUCAGAAGGCAAGAUGUGUGAGGGGAACAAGACCACCAUGGCCAGCCCACAGCUGAUGCCGCUGGUGGUGGUCCUGAGCACCGUCUCCUUGGUCACCGUGGGGCUCAACCUACUGGUGCUAUACGCCGUGCAUAGCGAGCGGAAGCUGCACACUGUGGGGAACCUGUACAUCGUCAGCCUCUCGGUGGCGGACCUGAUCGUGGGGGCCGUGGUCAUGCCCAUGAACAUCCUCUACCUCCUCAUGUCCAAGUGGUCUCUGGGCCGGCCGCUCUGUCUCUUCUGGCUUUCCAUGGACUAUGUGGCCAGCACGGCGUCCAUUUUCAGCGUCUUCAUUUUGUGCAUCGACCGCUACCGCUCGGUCCAGCAUCCCCUCAGAUACCUGAAGUAUCGCACCAAGACCCAAGCCUCGGUCACCAUCCUGGGUGCCUGGUUCCUCUCCUUCUUGUGGGUCAUUCCCAUUCUGGGCUGGCCUCACUUCAUGCCGCAGGGCUCCCGGCAUCGGGAGGACAAGUGCGAGACGGACUUUUACGACGUCACCUGGUUCAAAAUCAUGACCGCGAUCAUCAACUUCUACCUGCCCACCUUGCUGAUGCUCUGGUUCUACGCCAGGAUCUACAAGGCCGUGCAGCUGCACUGUCAGCACCGGGAGCUCAUCAAUGGGUCCCUCCCUUUCUUCUCUGAAAUCAAAAUGAGGUCAGAGAGUUGCAAGGUGGGUGCCAAGAAGCCGGGGAAGGGGUCUCCCUGGGAGCUUCUGAAGAGGAAGUCGAACAAUGUUAGCGAUGGACCUCCCUUGAAACCAGCGUCCCGAGACCCCGAGGAGUUGAAGUCUCCUGGUGUCUCCAGCCAAGAUAAGGAUGGAGAAGUGAACAGACUCCACUGCUUCCCACUUAACAUGGUGCAGAUGCAGGCGGAGGCAGAGGGCCGAGGCAGGGAAUACGACACCAUCCACCAGAGUCGGGGAGAGCGCGAGACAGAUGAGCAGGGCCUGAGCACGCACAGGGCCAGUGACUUGUCAGAGGACCAGGUCCUGGGUGACAGCCAGUCCUUCUCCAGGACGGACUCAGAAACCCUCACAGAGCCAGAUCCAGGGAAAGGCAAGUCAAGAAAAGGGUCGAACACAGGCCUAGAUUACAUUAAGUUCACCUGGAAGAGACUGCGCUCACACUCGCGGCAGUACGUGUCUGGCUUGCACCUGAACCGAGAACGGAAGGCCGCCAAACAGCUGGGGUUUAUCAUGGCGGCCUUCAUCCUCUGCUGGAUCCCUUACUUCAUCUUCUUCAUGGUCAUCGCCUUCUGCAAGAGCUGUUGUAACGAGCACGUGCACAUGUUCACCAUCUGGCUGGGCUACAUCAACUCCACACUGAACCCCCUCAUCUACCCCUUAUGCAAUGAGAACUUCAGGAAGACGUUCAAGAAAAUUCUGCACAUUCCUUCCUAAAGGAAACAAUGAGGGUGACAUUUACCAUGUUGAAGGAAAUGGAGAAGGAAAGCCUGGCUCCUGGGCUUUGUGGAGUCAAGUAGUGCUAGGGGCUGGGUUAUUUGCAAAGUCCUCGGCACCCUUGGUGGGACGGCAGGGAGGGUGGUCAGCAGAGUUGUUUGAGCAGAGGGCAGAGUAUCUCCAGAACUGGAUCUGGGUGAGCUCUCCUGAUUCUCAGGAAACGUGGAAGCUUCAGACUCAUUGUCAUUCAAGCUUUCACGCUUAAUGGCAACUGAAGGGACAUGUGGGUGGCAUUCACUGGAGAAUGACGGUGAGGGGCCUCGCUUGUGCAGACAGAUGCCCACCCCUCCCGGGGCUACCUGGAGAGACCAGGCAGCAAUUCUGCUGUGACUACUGCUUCUCAGCACACCUCUCUUUGAGUCUCUUACAGCUUUCUUCAGCAGUACUGUCUGAACCAGCCUGAAACUUCUGCCUUAGUUCUCACUCACGCAUGUCUUAGAGUAGAUAGGAACAUUCUGCAGCCUGCAUGUCCAUCAUUUCAACACCUGUUCCUUUUGACUGUUAGAAAAAGAGGAUGUAGCCCUCAAGAGAAGGAAAACAGGAAUAUUUGUUAAUAGUUGCACAUUAAAAACAAACGAACAAAAAAAAGAAAUGGAGAGAAGAAAGUCAUAUUUUUUAAGGGCGGUGCCAGUUUACUCAAGAAAGCCCUACGACACCCCACAAUAGGGGGCUGGUGUUUCUCAAGGGGAGAGUCGCAGCAGGAGAAGUAAGGCACCCGAGAUCAUGUGGUUUAUUACAUGACAGCUGGGAUCGAAACCCUCUGGGGCCAGCUCAUACUAGCCGGUGUUCUCUGACUGGCAAACAUUUAUCUUGUUAAGCACACAUAUACUUUCAUACUCACUCACCCCCACCCCCCACACACACACACACACAAUUACCAGAGUGGUGGCAAUUCUCAAGAGAAUUUGUUGACAUAGAGGUGUCUCUGGCCACACCAGUGACACUUUAAAGCUUCAGUAUUCAUUUUCCUCAGUGAGUUCUGCCGUGUUUGUCAAAAUUCCUCACAUUUUCUUAUAGUCUCACCUCUUAAGUAAACCCUAGCAAAGGUGUGGGAACACAAAGUUUAUGUGGUGUUUAUGUUAUGAUCUGGUUGUGAUUUAUACUUUUAAGACCUGAUGUUUAAUAUCUGUAGCAAAUGGGUAUGCCUGGAUCAGCCCUUAUUUUUGUGUCUGUGUUCUCGUUUGCAUGAUCUGUUACAAUGAGAUCUUUUUACUUAUCUAAAUGAUAUUUGAAGCUAUACCGUCACAGUUUGAUUUAUUUAUUUCUGCCUUUCUGAGUUUCUUGGACCAAAAGGAUAUACGAAAGUAUACUGUGAACUCUGACCAAAUCUGAUUAGGGUUUCUCCUUGGUUCCUUGUUACAUGUGUAAAUAUUUGUAGAAAAGGACUUACUUUUUAUAACAAACUUCAUUCUCACUCUGUUUUGCAUCCCCAAAUGUUCUUGCUUAAAACUGGAGGGGAACUAAGGAAAUCUUGAUCCUGGUUUUAGAAGCUGCAGCUGGUCUGUUUCCCAAUUAGAAACAGUUCUUUUUUAAGAAGACCCAUGAUCACUUUGCUCCCUGGGGUCCCUCAGGACCAAGGAACACCUAAGAACACCAAGGAACACCUAAGAAAACUGCCCCGCACAGAGGUGGCUAUCUGCCCAUUGUUGGUGUUGAUGAAGAGUUGAGGCAGCUAGUGAAGAGAAAUUGUUCUAAAUUCUGAUUUUGGGGCAUAAGAAAUCUGGAUUUCAGACUGAGAGGAAUAAGAGAUGGUCAGUGUAAAUUGUCAGAGCAUAACGAACACAGCUUCCGCAUUACUGCGUAUGGGGUUUACGUUGCUUACAUUGCAGUAACUGGUACUCAGUGGGGAUUCACGUGUGGUUUUAAAAGACAGUGAGCAUAUAUUAUGUGCCAGGCUUUGCACUUUACAACUAUCUAAUGAACCUUUACCACAGCCUCAUCAGAGAGAGAUGUCUGGGCUUACGAAUAGGCAAGGCUUUAGCUGAGUGGCUAAGGACCUACUCCAAGAUUUGAUUCUGGAAUGCACUUCCUUCCCACCCUGUCAGCCUGGUCUUCCACUUCCCUCUGAAUCACUGAAUUAAUUUUUGAACUUAGGGAAGGUACUGGAUUAGGGUGCAAAGGUAACCCAGCCCCUGCCCACUUGGGAAAGAAUUAGCGAGCUGUGAAAGCACAAAAUUCAGUUGAAAGCAGGUUUUCUGCCCAAAAUAUUAAAUUCCAGAGAAGGCUGCCCUUAAGACCUUGAUUUAGGAGCAGAAAUUGCAGACUCACAAACACGCUCAGGUUUCUCUUGAUGGGCUCAAAGUGGACAAACUUAUAGCCAGUCCCUUCAAUGACUAACUUCUCAAAUUUACCAAACAUUGGCUCCUUCAGCUGUUUACAAGGUUAACACCAAAGCAUGGUUGAAACUUUUCCAGCAUGAUUUUCUACAAUUGUUGUAAAGUUAAAGUAGCUGAUUUCCAUUUUUCCUCAUUACACCAUUUUCAGGAAGGUUCUGUAAACUCUGACCCCAGCUCACUGCUGUAGUAGGAGAGACUGGGCUGCAGAGAGGGGGAAGUGGAGAUGGACAGACCGAGGGUGCGGGAAGGGAAGAGUAAGGGGUGGAAAUAAGAGGGGACUAGGGAAGGCAGGUGGGAGAGACGGGGCCAGAGAGGAGAGAUCAGACAGGAGAGGAAGAUGGAUGAGCAUAAGGACACAAAUGGGAGAGAAGAAGGGGCAGAUGGGGGAGAUGUUUGGGGGAGACAAAGGGAGAAUGGAGAUAGAAAAGCAGAAAGUGAAGGGAAGCAGACCUAGUGACUAACUCAUUCAAGAAAAGUCUACGUUCAAGAACAUCGUCUUUGUUAACUACUCAGAAGUCAAAUAGAUUCAAAGGAAGGAUAAACCAUCCUUAGCCUUUGAUAAAAGGAACAUUCCUUCAAAUGCUGCUCUAAGCAGGUGAAAACCAGACAACUAAGGCACCACACGAGCCUUUGAAAACCCAUGAAGUCGUUCCAGCCCAUAGGACUUGCUACAGACCCGAGAAGUUGGUAACAUUAGCAAAAUGUUCAGAAAAUCCAUGAGACUGUAGAUUGGCCAUUUGAUGAAUUGGUCGUUUAGCUACUUUGCUUUCAGGAAACCGUUGGUCUCACUUUUGAAGGUGGACCUUCCAAGAGGUAGCCCAAAGUCUAAAGCCUGGUAGAAACAAUACUGCGGCCUUCUGGCUGUGACACCCCUCUGUGUUCGAUAAAGAGCAAGGUUGUUAGGAUUCGAUCUGCCACCUCUGCAAUUCCACAACUUCUUGGGUUGGGUGGUGGUGGUUGGGCUGGGUGGUGUGGCCCGAAGGGCUCCCUUUGGGAGACAGUGUGCUCCCCUCUGCUGAGCUGCAAGUGAGGAUGGGGGAGCGACCUGAACCAUCUAUGUGGUCUUAAGUAAGCUCCUGCUCUUGCAUCUUUCUUUUUUAAAUUAUA